UCUUCACUUCGGCAUACGGCCAACGUCCAGACGUCCAGUGCCAAGUGCUCCAAACGUGUGCCAUGCCGAGGGGCGUGUUCUCCAAUGUUGCGGAGUCAGCUGGUUAUGUCUCCGAGCCACGUGAGAAAAAAGUUGUCAAGAGUACUGAGGAGCCUCCUGCUUCGCAGGCGUCGCCCCUGGCCUUCGCUGCGCGCAUAGGUGACCUUGUCGAAGUGAAACGUCUCCUUGACGCCAAGUCAGAUCCCAACUCAACAGACGCAGUGGGGGAGACGCCAGUCUUUGAGGCAGCGGCUAGCGGCAACGUUAGCGUACUAGCUACCCUGCUUUUGGCUGGUGCUGAUCCUGAGCACCAGUCUUUGAUAGGUUCUGUGCCCGCUGAUCUUUGCUCUAGCAAGGCCUGUGCGACACUGCUGCGCCUUUGUGGUGGCGAAGAGGUUAGCGUCGAGGAGCGUGAAGUGGUCCUCAGAACCCUUACCGCCAACCUGCGGCCGCCCAUCCGGUCGUUUAUGCAGAGCCUCAGUGGCGAAGAGAGCGAUGAGGACAAACUUAACAACUUGGACAUCGACUUUGACAAGCCGCCAAAGCUCAUAAGAAAAAACUACGAUGACGAUGAUGGUGAUGACUGGACCUUUGCAGCCGCCAUGGUGGAGCAAGCACGAAAGUCCAGGGCCAAACAGCGCUACAAACGGCCCGUGAAGGUCGAGCAGAUUGAACUGGUAGUGAGCCAUGCACUGAAUAACAAGCAGAUCACCCUGAAGCUGAUGAGCAACAGCACCUUCGCCAAUGCGAAAGAAGCUAUCCUCGAGCGUAUGCGGGAAGAGGGUAAGUUCUGCAGAAAGUUCUAUUUUGUGAAAAAGGAACGCAGCACAUACCAGGCCUACAAGGAUUCAGACCCGAUUGGUCACAUCCGAGAGGUCAGACUUGUUGGUGCAGAUCUCCCUUUGGAGACUAAUGCCGGGGCGCUUCUAUUUGGCGAUUGAGCUGCUCAAAGAGGGGGUAGUGUGCAUUUGCUUGCAUGGGCUUUGUUGUGAGUAGGUAGCCAGAAGGAAGAUAAAGAUAGUCUUCACAAAAACUGCAGUCCAUUGCAGUCCCACGUUUUAGACAAACGGGCGGUGCUCCUUCAUUCUCCUGGUGGCCCAACUUGACG